AUGGAAGAUAAUAACUCAACCUCUCAUCUUGGUAAACGAAAGCGCACAGCAACACCAGAAGCCACGCAUCCACCCGCCAACGCAAAACAACCUUCACUGCAGACCUCGCUGAAGGACACUCUGCUAUCGAUCCGGAAGCACGAUACAACUCCUUCGUUACUCAAAUUCCCAAUACCGACCUCCAAUUCAGAAGCCCCAGACGUAAAGCGGGCGCGUCUCGCUAAUAUCGAAUCCACCAAUGAGACAAUUGAAGAGAAGAUUCUCGCCGGUACCUAUACAUCUUUUGAUGCGCUGAAGCAAGAUGUCAACGUUGUGAAAGCCGCGCUGCUUAAUGAUGUCUCGAGCUCAAAUACGAACGGAGAUUCAGAUGGCCACUCUUUGUCCAACAUUGAAGAACAGCUGGACGAGGUGUUCCACGUGUUGUCAAAAUGCGAAGGAGGUAACAAUAAGCACGCGAACGGCGUCAAGGUCAAGACAGAGACUGAGGAGUUGGCAAAAGCAAUUCCGAUUACUCCAGCUCCGAAACAUGUCAUCACCCUACGCAGCUACCUUCCCGGAGUCACCCCAGCACAUAGCACUUCUAGUGUAUUGUUCUCGGGUCUGGAACUGAAUCAACAGAAUGAUGACGUUGACGAAUCUAUCCUCCCAAAUGGGAUUCAGCUUACCGACUUCACGGUUGUUGGGACCACCGAAUCCAAACCCAAGCGGACCACAAAGGUCUUUGGCGAGUUUGCCCGACCACCGAAUCAAUACGCAAAGCUCCAGCCGCCACAGCCUUCCUCUAACAGAACUUUUGGUACUACCUCUCUGAGUUUCACACCGUAUCUCCCACGCACUAAUACAAACCUCCCAAUACACGGAGAUUUCAAGUUGACAAACCUGAGUACAGGCUCCUGGCUCUCGUAUGGCGCUGGAGGCGCUCGCGACAAAAGUCAGAUUAAAGGCAAGCAAGAAGAAAGUGAAGCCGGAGAUGCAUUGUUCACCUCGGCAUACUCAUCCUUUGCUCCCAAUAAAGACAAUUCGACUGUCAGGGGAUACCUGAUACCCGAACAAGACAGAAGCCGCUACUGGUGGCACAAAUAUGGAAGGCACAAAAUGAACAGAAUAUUCAAGGAGCAAGACUCUGAGGAACUGGUCAGCUCAGAUGUCGUUGCCGAGGAUGAGUUUGCAGAUAUGCCUGGUGUCAUUGACAACUUCCAACCUGAACCAUUGGAGGAUGCCAGGGACGAAAUUGAAGAUGCGGACGCUCUGCUUGAGGAGAUCUCUGGACUUAUUGAGACCUUGAGUUCAUACCAACGAAAUCGGAUGCUCGAGCUGAAGGUCAAUCCUACCAACCCAUAUUCUGUCAACUUGCCCCAACCGAGCGAGGCUGAGUUUGAUGUCUUUGAGAUGCUACGGGACCAACUCAAGAUAUUGAUUUCGUCGUUGCCUCCUUUCGCAGUGGCCAAAUUGAACGGUGAUCAACUAGAAGAUUUGAAUAUUUCCACCAAAAUCCUGGUCGAGCCGGCCGAUCAGCCGGGUACGGGUCGAUCGACGGUUGAAGAUUGGAGGCCACAAGUUGGACGACAACCUGUCGCGGCUCCUCCUGCUCGUCCUGCUGUUCCUCAAGGCAUACCCCGUGCAUACCCUCAAGGGAACGCGACGCAAACCCCAUACAAUACGCAGGCUCGUGCAUACAAUGCUUCGGCGCCAGCCAUUCCCAGUUAUGGCAUGAGGACAACGACAACGCCGAACUAUCAGACUCCUGCAGCACCACGACCCACGUACGCGUCGACGCCGUACCAAGCAUCCAACACGCCGUACAACAACCGUGCUACCAUCCAGCAAGUCCAGCGCAACAUGCAAAACGGGUACGGCAACUACAGCGCUGGGCCUGCUGCAGCAGUGCAGACCCAGACUCCCGCUUACGGUCCCCGCCCAAGCCAGCCAGGCUACCCGCAGCGACCGCCUCAGGAGAACCCUCUCUCGAUAGCCGGGCGUUCAGCGUCGCCUCAAAAGCCUUUGGCCAACGGGCAGAGUUACCCACCCAGACCGUAUCCAGGUCAGCCCCAGACGCCAUAUCAGCUGCCGAGACAACCAUCAGGAGGAACUCCUGGACUGCCGAGUGCGACGCCUAUUCCGGCGGGCCCGGCUGUUGCAAGUUACGGGCGGUACUCGAACACGCCGGAUCGAGCCAGUAGCGAGGCUAGUGCCUCUGCUGCGGCUGUCGCCGCUGGGACCGCGGGCCAGACCGUUGAAGUUUCUCGUUGA